AUGAACCUUUUUACUGUUUUUAAAAAAUUAAACAGGUGUUUGUGUUUCUAUGGGAGUUUCCUUUCAUUGGAUGAGGUGGCCUUUGUGUGUCAGCCCCAUGCUGACCUGGCUUUGAAAGGAGCCGUGGGAGAAGGGCCGUCACUUUCCCGGGCAGAGCAGGGACAGGAAGGCGGCCAGGCAGGUGCAGCCGCUGCGUCCCGGCUGCCAGGCAAAAUGCUGUUCAGGCCGGUGCCAGGCAGGCAGGUGAGCGCGACAGGAGAGACCUGGACUGUGCCGGACCUGCGACGACAUCACCAGGCUCCGUGGAUCCGUGACUUCCCUGAGUCUGAGCCAGAGGCGCCCCCAACGUGCUGUUUCCGAGUUGGUGUGUAA